AUGUCGACGCCAACUUUCAAGAACUGCCGACGCCUGAUGGUUUGGAUGGCCAUCAAAUUCGGAGAGCGACCGAGCUGGCGUUCAACAGUGGAGACGAUAAAUAGCAAGGUGUUCAUUGAUAUCGUAAAGGAUGUCUUCGGUUACAAAGGCAUUCAUAGACGUCGACUGGACACUGAAAUGCUGCAGGAUAAUGCCCUUGUCCACCGCUCAAAGGAGGUAUGAUUCCAAUUCAGUCUACAAAUAUAAUCUAAUAUUUUAGACCACAGCCAGCCUCUCUGACUGCGGCCUUCGAAACAUUUUUAUCCCCGCAAACAGCCUGGACCUAAAUCCCAUCGAAAAUCUUUCUGCAUUAAUCAAAAGAAAUUGGGACAAGGCAAGGAAACAUAUUUCUAUGGAUCAGAAGUUACACUUUUUUAAUAAUUACAUAGACCAAACCACCAUAGACAACUUGGUAGUCUCCAUGCCCUCCCGCCUUACAGCAACUUUAAAAGCUAAAGGACAAUCAAAAAAGUACUAA